AAAAAAGAUUUUGGAAGUUUCCCACAACAGCCAUCAGAAUGGAUGGACUGAACGUAACGAUAGACCCGAGAUGCACCCAGCCUCCUCCUUACGCCAUCGACAUUAUUGUCAAUCUGGACAUCUUUGGCAUCAUCCUGUACUCAGUGCUCACCUUUAUGGCCACUGUGUCCAUGCUGGUCUAUCUGGAGGAGUGUGCAUACGUCUACAGGAGGGUCCCGGCCAAUAAGAAGAGUAUCAUUAUCUGGGUGAAUGGGGCAGCACCUGUGAUUGGUGCUAUGUCCUGCCUCGGCAUGUGGAUCCCUAAAGCCACCAUGUUUACGGACAUGACCUCAGCAUGCUAUUUUGCCAUUGUAGUGUUCAAGUUUCUGACCCUGAUGCUGGAGGAGAUUGGCGGAGAUGAGGCCUUUCUGAAGCGAGGGGGGAAACACAAAUUAAGAAUCAGCACCGGGCCGUGCUGCUGCUGCUGCCCCUGUCUGCCCCACGUGGCCAUCACUAGGCGCUCCCUUUUCCUGCUAAAGCUGGGAUCAUUUCAGUUUGCGGUUCUAAAAAUUGUCCUUACUAUCCUUUCAAUUGUGUUGUGGACGGAUGGGACUUUUAACCUUGCUGAUCUGACCAUCUAUGGAGCUGCCAUAUGGAUAAACCCUUUUGUGGGCAUACUGACCAUCACUGCACUUUGGCCCGUGUCUAUCAUGUUCAUGCAUUUGAGGACUACCCUGCGCACACUUAAGAUUAUACCCAAGUAUGCAAUGUACCAGCUUGUGCUGAUCCUAACUCAGUUGCAGACAGCGAUCAUCAAUAUCUUGGCUUUAAAUGGCACAAUAGCUUGUGCUCCUCCUUUCUCCGCUGUAACCAGAGGAUACAUGAUGAGUCAGCAGCUUCUGAUUCUGCAGAUGUUCAUAAUUACUUUGGUAACGCGGCUGUUGUACCGACGACAAUAUGAUCCUCUGCCCUCAGAUGAGGAGGACGUCAAUGAAAACUCCAAAAUAAUUGCAGCCCCUCAGUCUUCCAGUGAGAGUUAGUUUUAGUAUGUGUGAUUUUGUGAAU